AUGGCGACAGGGGGACUUCUGCUGCUCCUCCUGGGCCCGGGCCUGGUCCUGAGCGAUUCGACGCCGCUGCCCCGUUUCGUGUGCAGCCCCCUCCCCUGGGACUCGGAGCCCGCCUGCCCCCGGGACUCGGGGCCUCCCGACGAGGAGGCCAAGGAGGCCGUGCUGCGGCUGCGGGAGGCUCUCGUCCAGCACAAAGAAGCGCUGCUGGAGCAACGCGAAGCUGUGCGGGAGCUCACGGCCAAGCUGGCCCGCUGCCAGGCCGCCGCAGCCCCCCGGACUCCCCAUCGCCGCCCCCCCCACCCGCUUGGGGAUCUCCCCUCCGGAGGGCUGGACCAUAUGGUGGAGACCCUGAGGGAGCGGGUGGAGCAGCUGGGCCCCAACAGCUCCUCGACGCUCCGGGCCGCGCUGCAGCAGAAGACUGACUUUGUGGAGAGGCAGCAACGCGGGCCCCCGCGUGACCCGGGGAGGCGCGCCCCCGACCACGGGCACUCGCCCAAUCACGUGCACGAGUGGGAGGAGCGCGGCCCCGAGGGCCGACACGGGCACGACCACCCGUUGGGCCGGAGCAAAGGGGCCGCCUCGCCGGCCGGGGGCGGAGAGAAAGGGACCCGGAGGCUCUUGGGAGAGUCGAGGCCCCGAAGCUCCAGGCCUCGAGUCUUCGCCCCUUCCUCAGCAGGACCACCACCUGAAGAAUUCCGCCUGAGCUUCACCCUCCGCACCAACUACAUGUAUGUCCGGGCCAAGAGGACCUUGAGGGAGGAGCUGUUCGCCCUGAGCGUCUGCUUGUGGCUCAAGCCGGGCUCUGCGGGCUUGGGCCUGGGCACCCCCUUCUCCUAUUCUGUGCCGGGCCAGGCAAACGAGCUGGUUCUCAUCGAAUGGGGCAACAAUCCCAUGGAAUUGCUCGUCAACGACAAGGCCGCCACACUGCCCCUGGCUCUGACAGAUGCUAAAUGGCACCAUGUGUGCGUGACUUGGACCACACGGGAUGGAGUGUGGGAGGCCUAUCAGGAUGGGGUGCGGAGAGGCACCGGGGAGAAUCUGGCCCCGUGGCACCCCAUCAAGCCAAGCGGCAUCUUCAUCCUGGGGCAGGAACAGGACACGCUGGGCGGUCGUUUCGAUGCCUCCCAGGCUUUCGUGGGCGAAAUCUCAGACUUGAACCUGUGGGGCCGGGUCCUGGGGCCAACCGAGGUCUCGCAGUUGGCGGCUUGUGAGGUCCGAGGGACCGGCGACGUGCUAGGCUGGAGUGAGGCGGCCCUGGAGCUGCACGGUGGGGUAGCCAAGUUACCCCUCAGCGCCUGCCACUGACUGAUCCCAGCGCCGGCUCCAGGGUGGACCUCCUGCCCCCGUUGGCCAAUCCCGCCCCUCCAUCCUGCCGCUUUUUGUGGGCAAAGGGAGGACAAGCCUCCCCCCCCACCCGGCACCAUAUGAGGGGCAGGAUCCCACAAUACUGGCUGACUUGAGGCAGGUGCAGGAUGACCGUUGUACUCCUCAUAGCCAUUCAGUCCUAUUAAGCGCUUUUAUCCAGCCUCAAGAUCACGGCGAGACUCUGAAUGUCUGUCUACCAACACCUUGUAUGCCCUCCCUGGCACUACUGAUCCCAGGGGCAUCAGUGCAGGGGGCUGGGGGAUGUCUAUUGGACACAGGAACCACACAACCCUCCAGCCUUUUAGAGUAGAGAAAAGACAGCAGGGAUAUUUAGAGUGCUGGGGUUUGUCAGACCUGUUGAUUCUCUGUGCUAAGUGAUGGAGAAGGAAUCAGGCUGGGGAGGUGGGAGGCGGAGGGGUGGAAGGACCCUGCUUAAAGACAGACUUCAUUCCUUCACCCCUUAACUAUAAUAGGUAGCAACAGCCAGAGCUCAAAGUCCCAAACCAGGGUGGUGGUUGUGCCCAACCAUGUAUCUGCUUUAUUUCUGACCGCUCUGCUUAUAAACAUUUUUAUAUUCAUGUCCCCACCUAGAGUGUAAGCUCCUUGUAGGUGGGGAAUGGAUCACUUCAUCA